UAUAUUUGGCUCGGUUUUUGAGGUGUCGUUAUACUUAUCGAAUCUUCUGCAAUGUGCUGCCGCGGCAUAUGUCAUUUGGUUUAGGAGGAAGGAAAUUAGUGACGUGUUACAUCUUGACGUGCAGAGUGAAAAUUUGGUGCAGACCUUCAUGGUACUGGCUGCCGUUAUCUCACUGAUGUCUCACUAUAUCAUGGUGGACGCCUGUCACUACCUACUUUCAUGUGAAUCUAGGAAACAUAUGCAUUCCACGUGGUUAUACAUGACGAAAGGAGUUUUGGAAAGCUUACCAGUCAACCCUUUCGAAAGAGCCGACUACGCCGGACUUAUGAAUUUUACAAGCCAUACGACCAUAAGUGACUUAUCAAACUUUGAGCAAGGACUAAUUUUUCUGAUUAACAUCAUCGUAAUGAAAUACUUGGGUUUCAUUGGAGGCUUUGGGUGCUCGUUGGUGCUGCUUGGAAGCCUCUGCAUUUAUUCGGAAACUAGCCGAAUAUGGAGGCAAUUUGAGAAUAAUGAGAGAAAAAGUCCAGAAUUCGUCGAGGAUUAUUUGGAAGUGAAAGCAAAAAUUGGCACUAUCAACAGUCUUUGUUCGAUCCUUGUAUUUUCGCAAUUGUUGGAAGCUCUGAUAUAUUUGGUUUGCAUUCUUGGCCAGCCUAGAAUUGCUGCUGGUAAGGUGUGCGCUGCUGUGAAUCUUUUCUAUUCACUGAUCAAUAUAGGGUCCUUUGUGAUUGCUGCAAGUGGACACAAACGGGCCAUAUUAUUGGAGAAGGGGUUGGUCAGAGAGAGUGGGAAGUGUGGUUAUGCAGAAAUUGAAAGUAGAAUACGAAAUAGUGCCGGGGACAAUUGUUUGCUUGGGUGGAGUUGUUUUUCAGUGACGUAUUCAUUUCUUGGAGCGGUGGCAAGCGUGGGUAUUACGUAUGCUUUGGUGUUGUUACAAUUCAUGUCAACUCCCCCAAAUCAGAAAACACAAUAAAACUGUGUAAAAAAUACGGUUUCACUUUGUGUCAGUACGUAGAGUGUUUCAACGCAUUGUCUCAUGAAGUUCAGAAACACAAAGUCUAUCCCUUAUUGAAGUAAAUAUUUAGUAAAUGAAGUAACAUAGAAAUAGAUAUUUUGCACUAUCUACAUAAGUACAGAGAGUGUUUCAAGAUACAAAACUCACUUUUAUUUUUGAGAUAACAAGUGUUAGAGACACCUGGGAUUAUUGAAAUUUACAUGUGUCGUACCCAGAUAGUCAAGGAACAGUUUGCAAAAUAAGUCUUAGUUCUGUACACCAACAUGCCGCCACACCCCUCCAUGGAGUGCGAGGUAGCAGUAAAAUAGUUUUCCAAAGAUGAAUUGUACCAUACAAAAUUGCUAAGAAACUGGAUUCUAUGCCAGUCAAAUCCUUAUUACCAGUGAAUUAAGUGACACUAGGAAAAAGAGGCAGGUAUCAUUGGCUGGAGUUCCACCUCCACCAAAGCGGCGUCCAAGAUUAGCCAGGAUCGAGGAAGGGUUACGCUAGAUUGCAAAUUUCGUCAACAAGAAAAAUCCUUCACCACGGAUAAGUCUGCAAAAUGUUGGGCGUGAGUCAGGCAAUAGUUUUUAGGAUCGUUCACUCUCAGCUAGAUAGACUAACGUGGAGGAGGACACGGUGUACGCCCCCAAGCCGUCUUACAUCAAGAAUUUCGAAGUAACUUCGCGAUAACUGUAUGAAAAAUAAUUUUCCACAAACAAAUUUUAAACUGUAAUAACUCUUGACGAGUCGCCUGUCAUUAUUCCGAAAGAUUAUUUUGGAUUUGGGUACUUGAAGCAGAGAUUUUCAAGCGGACGGCUCAGGCGCUAAAUAGGUUUUGGAAAACUUUGCCUGGUGGGUGGAACAAAAUCACUCAAAAAAAGUGUUAAACGUGAUGAUGACGUGAAAAUAGCGCAUGCACCUCGUUAGACAAACUAAUUGGCUACACAUUGAUGCAAUUAAUAAAAUUCUCUAACGAAAAAUAAAGCUAUAAUAAAAUAAAUAAAAGUGAGUUUUGUAUCUUGAAACACGCUCUGUAUGAAUAUUUUGAUGCAUAAAAUGAGACAUAUUUAAAUUUUAAUAAAUCGUUAUGCACAAGUGACAUGUUUCCUUCUUUUGCAUAAAAAAUUGAACACAUAAGGACUCAUGACUCAUUGUUCACAAAUGUGCCAAAUUACUUAACAGUUAUAUAGCAUGGAAAUAGGUUUGAUAAAUAUAUGAAUUUGUGAUCAGUAAAUACAAUUUGGGCUCUAAAUGUAAUCUUUAUUUCUGCACACGUUUUUUAAUUUAACACGGGCGUGGGUCUCUUACUUUUACAAGUGUUUUGUGGUCUAAUUACCGGAAAGAGAGCGAGGAAUAAAUAAUUAAUUACCCUGAAACAAUUGUAACCGCUUAUGCAAAUUUUAUUAUCAUUCCGUUAAGCCGAUAAACCAGUCAUGGCUAUUUUUAUAAUCUGUACUUACACUCAUCCGCAUUCACUCUGGUUGAUAGCUUUACGAUCUGGUACAUAUUUAUAUCCCACGUAUCAGUUUUUAGGUAAACGUAUGUAUCUCAUCAUCACCAUGCAACCAAUGCAAUAACCAAACCUGCUCAUUUGUGCAGUCACCAUAAAAUAACGCCAACACCGACACAGACAUUGAACACUCAUUUUGCUUCACCACAUCGAUUUUGCACCUGGCCAGCUGCAGUUGUUCGCAAAAGAGGAAAAAAUUCGCAAUUUUGCAACGAAAUAAUUGUUAACUGAGGUAAUUAUGGCAUCCCAAGAAAUAAAUUUGGACGACUGGAGUAAAAAAUUGGUCGGUAAGAAGGUCAUCCUCACAGGGUCGGGAGAAGUUAAGGAUAAAACAAAAGAAGUUUCUGAAGAAGAUAUCAAGUCUGGAGUUCCAAAAUAUCGGAUAUUAACACCGGACACAAUGAUGACGAUGGACUAUUGGGAGGAUAGGAUCAAUGUCCACGUCGACAAGGACUUGAUCGUUGAGAAAGUUACGAUUGGAUAAUGCAACUUUUUCAGAAUUUGAAUUUUUUUAGUGUAGUUCAGGCCAAGUUUGAAUAAAAAAGUAUUUACAUUGGUGUACACAAAUUGUGUUA